AUGGCUUCUUCGCGUACUUUGGCGGGCUCCAUUUUGAACACGACAAUAGUCUUUUGGGGCCUCGGCGCUCGCGGCGCAGACACUGCGGCUGGACGGGCAAAGAGUCCGAACCCGACGAAAAACGGGUAUCGAACCGGCGCUGCUGCCUGCAUCUUGCCAUUUUGCGAAUUUGGCAAUGGUCUCUUCGACGAUGGAGUAAUUCUCGAAGAACAUGUCGUCCAGCCGAGUCUGAUCGGCUGUGUUGACGGCGUGGCCUACUCGAUAAGCCAGAAAUACAUGCCCUUGCCGUCGGUGUCGGAGCUGGCCGCGUGCUCUUCCAAGGGAUUGGCCGCACUCUCUCAGGUCAUCGACGUCCCGCUAUCAAACUCGAUUCGUGGUAUCCGUACUCCGUAG